AUGAGAAUUUUUGUUUAUCCUGUACACUCAAGUAUACUUCCAUUACAGUUUUGGAAUGCAUCCGGAAAUUUUGAUGAACUUAAUAAUUAUAAUUUGCAAUAUGGAAAUACUGGUAGCAACAAUAGUUCAAUAUUUCCAUUUACAAAAUUGACUAAUUUUUACACAAAUGAAAUAUAUUAUAUGACUGUCAAUCAUUUCCAAUGUAUUAAAAAGGCUUCUAUAGAGGCAUAUAAAUACAUUAAAAACAAUGUAGAGGUGAGCUCUAUAAGAAUUUAUAGGCGAGUAAGGAUAACACUUCAGCAGAAGAGUUAUGCAUAUAUUUCUGGUGAGCAAUUAAAUUUAUUAAAUCCUUUAAGUAAUAUGUAUCCAAUGAUUUUGGAUGAAGUGGAUAAUUCAGCUCAAACUUCGUGUCCUUAUAGAUAUUUUAUUAUACCAAAUAACAAAUUUAACAUAGAUGAUAAAUUACCAAAAGAUUUAGUUCGUGAAUUCGAUGAUUUAUUAUUAGGAUCUGGGACAAUAGCUAUAUUUAUACACGGGGGAAUUUGGUAUAUUUAUGAAGGUUUGGGAUAUUAUUCACCUAUAAGAUUAUUUGAGAAUCUUUCUCAAAAAGGAAUAUUUGCAUAUUCUGGUUUAAAGCAAAGUAUUCAUUAUAUAUAUGUGACAAGCAUAGAAAAAAAUAGUAAGAUAGUUGAAGGUAAUGAUAAAGAUAUUGAAGUAAUUCUUCAAGAGUUUAUUUUUAGGAGGUCUCUUAUUUCUAUAGAAGAGAAGCUGGAAGAUGAAAAGUUAGAGAUGAAAGCUAGACAACGAGUUAUACUUAGAACAAAAAUAGAAGAAGACUUAAAGAGACAACGCUUAUUAUCUUAUAAGAAAUUAAGUGAUUUAGAGUGUAAUAGUUGCAUAGAUAUAUUUCAAUGUCCUCAAUGUAAUAAAGAGAUCUUUCCUUCAGAGAACGAAGUGGAAUUUCAUACUGCAGUAAUAUUGGCUAAAAAGGGAAUAUGGUAUGAAGAUAUAAUUAAACCUUCAGUGUCAUUAAAUAUUAAGUCACCUUUUUAUACCUUAGAGAGAAAAAAAUUUGAAGAAUUAUGUUUUGUAAGAGUAGAAGAAGACUCAAAAAAGAUAUUACAAUAUAACUUGAUUUCUCAGAAGGUAAGUAAUACAGAUGAUGUUGAUAUAUCAGAAGUUUCGCCAGUAUCACAAUCAAUUGGUUAUGAAGAAUUAUUGCCUAUUGAAGUUAGUGAACAAUUACCACAAGCUUUGGACCAUUCAUUUGGCAAUACUAGUCGCGAAACACCAGUAACCUUAUUAGAGGAUUCUCCAAUAUUUCAAGAACUAUCAGUUAAACCUUUAUAUAAAGAUCCUCUAGUACUUGGAGUGCAUUCAGUUGAAGAAUUUAAAAGUGACUCUUUAGAUAAGAUUAAAUUAAUAGAUGAGUCAGAGAGUAAAGUUCCUCCAGAGCUUGUAGAAUUACGAAAACAUCCACUAUAUAAUACUUCAUUAAAGCCUAAAGAAUUGUUAAACUCAUCAGCUAUAAAAGAUCUACCAGCAUCUAUAGAGUCUUCUGAUAAACUACUUCAUUCUAAAUCAGGUUUCACCAAACCUUCAGUAAAAUUAUUUGUUAGAAAUUUCUUAAAACAUCGAGAACCUUCAUCUUUUUUAGAUCAAAAUAUCAAAAAAUCACAUGAAUCUCCUCUUGGUUAUACUAUCUCAACUAUUCCCUCUAAUAAAAUAUUUAAUACUGAAUCUCCAUCUUUAUAUUUAAAGGAUUUGGAUAAUUCCAUGAUAUCUAGAGAAAUUUCAGUAAUUCAACCAAAUCCUUGCAUUAAGUAUUGCCCCAAAUUUAUAUUGGACACUGUAGAUAAAUCAACUGAAACAGCAUCUAUACGGGCUAUAGAAAAAUUUACUAAAUAUUUAAGUCCUCUAUUUAACUUAUUAUAUUUUGGAAAUAAUAAAUAUGAGUAUAGAAGAAUUUAUGAUUCAAUGCUAUUUUGGGGUUUCCAAAGUGGAUCUAAUCAUUUGACUAGGUUAUCAAAUAUAUUAUAUAAAAAAUCUUUAGAUUUAAACGGAUAUAAACAAAAUCAACCUGUUCUUCAAAGUAGAAUAGAUCAGAAAGCUUCUCAUAUAUUAGCUACAAAUUCAGUACAUCGAGAUAACACUAUAACUAAACCAUUAUAUUUUAAUUCUAGUACAGCAUAUAAUAGACAUAAUUCAAAUGAACUACUGAGAAUUAAACGGAAUUCAAUUACAAAGCCUAGAUCAAUAAGGCCAUUAAGAAAGAAGAUAAAAAGGAGGUAUCCAAAGAAAACUGUUACUUCUAAGCUUAAAUCAGUGAAGAAGUCAUAUGAAGAUUCAUUGAUACCACACACCAGGAAAAGAAGAGAACAAAAAAUGAAAAGGCAAAUUUAA